AACUAACAGAGGAUAUCUACUUCAAAAUAAAAUGUUUUCCCGGAGGAAAACAGUUUGGUGGUUAGUGCUUCUAACACAAAUUCUAAGUACCCAUUCCUCUAAUUUAAAUAGUUUAAUAAAGAAAAUUAAUGACAAAAGUCAAUCUUCUACCGUUUUGUUUGUUGGAGUCGAUAAUGAUUAUGUGUCUAGUUUUAUGAAAAGUGAAUUAAACAUUCCGGUUGUAACAUUUGACAAUGAUCCUUCAGACAAAUUAGGUGGAGAAAAAUCGAAAUGUUACAGCAAUACGAUUUUGGUACUGACGGCUCCGAAAUGUUUUAAUAGUAUUCAAUGGAAAAAUUGGAUAUCAAAACUUUGUGAACGAAAAUUUGUCAUAAUUCAUUCAGAAAGUCUUGAAAAUCUUCAAAACAGUUUUGAAUUCUUUGCAACAAAUAAGUUUGUCGGAAUCUUCGGUCUAACGAAAUUGAACACUUUUGCUUAUUUACCUUUCGCUAAACAUAAAAUUGAAAUAAUUUUCGAAAACAGUUCACUUCCGAAUUCCUUAGAAAACCUAAAUGGGCUUAAAUUUCGUGCAGCUAUUAAAUUUGACGUUCCAAGGGCAUUCCUGUUCGUCGACGAAAAUGGCCACAGGCAUCUCGAAGGUUUGGCAGGAAAAUUAUUUAUUAGCUUCCUUCAGAAAUACAAUGGAACUUUUGAGGAAGUUUUUAUUGAAAACAUCGACACAAUUCGCGAAAUCAAUGGAAUCAAAAAUGGACAAAUUGAUGUUAGUAUUUGUGCUUCUAAUCCAACACAAGGAAUUCAAAUGAGUUAUCCACUGGAAAUGAUAAAAUGGACAAUUAUGGUACCAGUUAAUGGACAUUUGGAUCCGAAUCAAUACUUUACCAGACCGUUUUCUUCAACGGUAUGGUCAGUAAUUGGACUAACAAUAGUCUACAUAGUCUUUAUGGAAGUAGUGAUGAAUUAUGGCAUGGAACAGCCAUCAAAUAUUUGGUAUUCUUUCAGUCGAACAAUUCUGACAAUGUUAAGAAGUCCAAUUUCAGCAAAACCAAGAUUUGCCUACAUUUUCCACAGUCAAGUUCAUUUGUUUGCUUUUAUUAUUGGAAAUCUGUAUGUGAUUUAUUUGACAUCAUAUUUGACAGUUUUUAUCAAAAUACCACAACUCAACACGUUACAAGAUCUAGUUGACAACAAUAUAACAGUUAUGAUGUCUCAUUAUGAUUGGAGAAAUCUUUCACAUCCUCAAUACUAUCCAAAAGGUUUUGAGAAAAUUGUCUUCGAAGUCAAUAAUACAAUUUUAAAUGCAAAAAGAACUUCAAUGUCAAAUACAGAAUUUGCCUAUGCUAUUGGCAAUGAUGCAGCUGAAUUUCUGAUAAAUUUACAAAGAAAAUUUUCUAAACCAAAAUUUCGAAUGAUUCGUGAACAUUUAGAAUGUUUCUUUUUUGGAUUUGUGUUUGAAGAGCAUUCGGUAUUUUUGGAAAUAUUAAAUGAACAUAUUUUGCGAGUUUUGGCAACUGGAUUGGUUGAUAAGUGGACAGAUGAUGCUGUUUUGAGAGGAAUUCCACAUUUUAAAGAAAUGUAUCAAUCGCAAUAUUUGGAUGAUAGAACUCAACCAGCUUUAACUUGGCAUCAUUUGAUUUUUGCUUGGAAUUGUUUGAGGCACGGAUUGGCAGUGGCAAUUGUUGUGUAUGUUUUUGAGAUAUUGUAUGCUCGAGCAAUAUGGGUGGAUUUUCGAAAGAAAAUUCGGGUUAUUAAGAAUUUGUGGAGAGACGUAUACAAUAUAGAAUGGUUUAAGUAGAGCUUAUUUGAUAUUCAUAAAUAAGACCAACUAAAACU